AUGGCUGGGCCCAAAAGCCAGGGCUGUACAAAGUAUGUGUGCGUGAUUGUACUCCUGGCGAUUUCAUUGUUUAUGGUGCCGUUCGCGUUUACAAACAGCGCUUGGACAGUGAUUGAGUACAACUAUGGAGAGUUUCAGGUGAGAAGAAGGUAAUUUGAAAUAAAUUAUGGAUUUUUUUGUGAAGAGAUCCAGUAAAACCGGAUUUUUCCAUCGAAAUAAGGAUAAAAUUCUUUUUUUGGUUAGAAAUCCUUAUAAUAUUGUCGCACUACGUAUAAAAAAACCAUCAAGUUCUGUUCAGAAAUAGAAGAUUUUUUUUCUGAACCGGUUUCUCAAACUCUUUGCUAAGAGUGUUAAAUCAAAGAAUAGAAGCGCUUUUUUAGAAAGAUCAAAAAAUGAACUGUUUGAGAGUGGCACGAUUUUUGAUCAGAGCAUGAACAUAUCCCUGAUUUCAGUAAAUUUCUGACUGAAAAUAAUACUGCCUUCUAGGUCAGCUCGGUACAGUUCUUCUCAAAUUUAUUUUUGUUACAUUUUUCAUGAAUUGUCAGCAUUUUUGGCUAUUUUUUUCAGCCUCCAUUUGAUCAUCAUAGAAAGAGCGAAAUAUUGAGAUAAAAAAGAAUCGAAAAAAAGUUGAAGCACGUAGAAUGAUUAAAGCCGCCUUGAAUAGAAUGAACUUGCCAGUCGGUGUCCAGGUUUCACAGUAGAGCGCCCUUUUUUUAUCUAGCUUGUAGAACAUUUGGUCAAUGUUUAUUUUCAUUUUUUUCUUUUAGGCAAUGUACUAACAAUUAGAAAGAGCAAGUAUCUUUCAUUACAUAGAUUCUCUGACAAUCAAAAACAAAAAGUUUUCAAUCAUUUCGAGUAACAAAAGCGAUCACACUAUUUUUCCAGCGAGGAAUACGUCCUUGGGAUUGUUAUGCGCACAAAGACAUAGACGAAGGCGAGGCAAAGUGUCUGGAAUGGGGCAGCGUCGAUCGGGCGAAGAAAUUUCCGCCGCCUUUCGAAAAGGUUCUUCCGUCCAGCAGCUGUGAGUUUAGGAAGCUUUAAAUUCGAAAUCGUGAGUCAUCUAGCAAACGAAGCGAUUUUGCAAGAGUUUGAAGGCUUUUCGACAGAAUUCAAGUAAAUUUUGUUCACUAUUUUCGAUCAUCCUAGCAUUUGAAAUAAACCUAAAGUUUAUUUGAAAGGGAUUGAAAAAUAAGUGAAGUUCCAAAUUUCUGUAUUCAUUCUGCCUUGACCUGGUGAUGAAAAUAUAAGAAGACUGAAAUUUUCAUUCAGAUUUCUCAAUGUCGCGACAAUUUUUCAGUUCACAAGUUCCUUUUUGAAGAAUGUAAAAAAAAAUGUUUUCAGUGUCCCGAGCCUUAAACUGGCUACCUCGGAUCAUAAUUAUUUUGCUGAUCUUAGUCUUUUUGAUUGAGUUCUAUCACUGCUGUUGCACAGAAUCGAACACGAAAAAUGAUGAACUCUGCAUUCUUGUAGAGUUUGGCAUCAAUUGCGUUCUCGGUUUGUUCAUAUAGUUUCAGUCAAAAUGAAAAAGGCGAAAUUCAGGAUUUUUAUGGCUGUUCACUCUUUUUUACAAAGGUAUCACAGCCUACACUACCGUGAUCAUAGAGCCGUUCCCACCAGGAGCUCAGGUGAGCUGUAGUUUUCUUUUCAAAAAAACAUAUUUUUUCUACUUAUUAUUUCAAAAACGUUCAACUGGAUUUUUUCCUGCUCAAAGAGUUUGUGCAGAAACGGAGAGAAAAUUAAGCUAUUAGAUUUUUGAAACAAGUCUUCUGUAUUUGAAACUCCCUCAAAAUAGUCAAAUUUAUUUUUCACAAAAUUUGAGCGAGAUGAUAUUUGAAUCCAAUUGUUGAAGCUCCAGACAAGCAAAAUCACUUCAGUAUGAAGUUUCGAAUUCCUCGUUGAUUUUUUCGGAAACUAUUUGUAUGUCAAGAAGAAGAUUGUGAUAAUCGACAAAUAGGAAAAAUCCGUUUUGACAUUUUUGAGAAUUGCCCUUGAGCACUGAAUUCAGAUCCAAAAUCGUCAUUGACCAACUAUCAAUGUUCGUUUAACUGAACUGAAAAACAUGGCGCAGGUAGCGACUAUAAUCGAUUUUUUCCUUGAUUUCCGAAGAGCUUUUAGGGCUUUUUGAUAGAGGAAAUCAAGCUAGUAGACAUUUUUUUAUGUUUCCUGUGAGCUUGAGCGAUGAUGAACAGAGAUAAUUCCAAAAUUAACGGAAAUUUUUCAGCAACGUCUUGGAACUGGAUGGUUCUUAUUCCUACUCAGUUUCAUUUUCUUCGCGAUAAGCGCUUUAAUCAUGCUGCAUGAAGUUCCAGCACUUUUGAAAAAAAGAGGACAUCAGCGAGUUCCAACAGGACACCACGAAAUGAGCCGAAGGACCAUUCCCAGUAAUGUCGCCCAACACUAUUUGAAUGAGCCGAUAUCUUCUCAUUAG